GCAUUCCGGUCGCUCAACACUUUUAUAAACCCCCCUCGUCAACCUUUUUACCUGCAUUCUAGUCACCCACUACCAUCAUGGAUAGUAAAGGCGACAUUGAGAACGUGAAUCUCCUCUCUAACUCACUGGUGAAGCGCAACAAGACGCGUUGGGCAAUCGGGGCGACGCUCGUCUUCCUGUUACUCCAAUGUGUCGUCUCGGGGCCUCAGCUCUUGCUCUCGCCUCUUUUCACUCCGACGUCCCAAGCACCCCCAGUCGGUAUGGAUUCUGAUCUCGCCUCAGGUAUCUCUUGGUUCGCCUGCCCCGACGUGACGGAAUUCGACUGCGCAUUCUUCUCCGUCCCGCUCUCUUAUGCAACCCCCGUUCCUGAUGAAAGGGUCUCCCUUGCUCUCCGUCGUUAUCCUGCCACUGCGCCCAAAGAUCAGUACCUCGGCACACUGUUUACCAACCCUGGUGGGCCGGGAGGUAGCGGCACGGCGUAUCUCGUCGAGCGUGGGCCGGCACUCAGCAAGAUCUUGAGUGGAAGAUACGACAUAUUGAGUUGGGAUCCUAGAGGAGUUAACAUGACGACCCCACCGUUGGGCUGUUAUACAACCGACUUCGCGGAGUUCCUGCAGGAGUUCAAGCAGACACAACUAGGGCUACCCAUGUCACCUCACUACACAUUAGCGAACGACACCCUCUCUCCCGGCGCCGCUGCCGCCCAAGCUGGAGCAGACGAAUGGUACCUCCGUACCGAUGCGUACUACCAAGCCACCGUCUCUUCCUGUGCAAAGAACGGCAACUCCAAGAUCCUCAGUGCUGUUUCUACCGCACAUGUUGUACAGGACAUCCGCUCAAUGCUCUUUGCACUUGGGGAGGAAGAUGUAGGGCUAAACUACUGGGGAUUCUCGUAUGGAACCAUCCUCGGUGCCACCUUCAGUGCCAUGUUCCCAGAGCUCCUGCACCGUGUCCUCCUCGACGGGGUGAGCGACAGCGUCACCUACACGCGGGACAUGUACACAUGGGGAAAGAGCGGGAUGAACGACACCCACUUGGUAUGGGAAGGGUUCUUGAAGGAAUGCGCCGCUGCGGGGCCGACCCGGUGCGCACUGGCGGGCGAAGGCAGAAGUGCGGAGGAUAUUGAGACCUUGGUAUGGGAGCUCGAGGAGAGGCUUUUAGCCCACCCGAUGCCGGUGGCAUAUACAGGGUUGAACUCCGGCAUCCUGACUGCGUCUGAUGUGCGACUCGCUAUCUUUGCCGCCCUCUACAAGCCCUUCGCGUGGCCGUCCCUCGCUAAAGCCCUUGCCGCAGCUAUAUCAGGUGAUGGCGGGCCUCUGAUCGACAUGAAUGGAUUCCAGUCUCUGGAUGAGAGAAGGGACCGGGACCCGCUGGAUAACGUCUUCCACCGGUAUAUGGCACGACCAUUGUCGAAACCCGUUGGCAGUCCGCUUUCUACUGAGGCGAUCAUGUGCUCUGAUACGCUUCGUUCCGCCCUUCUUCCACCUGGCGCGACCGAGCCCAACCAGACGUACUUCCGUCAAUGGGCCGAGGAGCUGGCUCUUCAAAGUCCGACCGGCGAGAACUGGGCUCGAUGGAUCGGCAGGUGCAGGUGGUGGAACGUCACUGCGGCUGAAGUCUACAGAGGCCCUUGGACGAAGGAGGAGGGUCUGAGGAAGACAAAGUUCCCAGUGGUGUUCUUCAGUAUGGACGCCGAUCCCGUCACUCCGCUUUCUGCAGCGACAAGCAUGGCCUCUGGUUUCGGCAAAGACAGCGCAACGUUAGUCAUUAACCGGGGGUACGGACAUUGCUCAAUCGCUCAUCCCAGCAUGUGCGUCGCCAAAACUAUGCGAGCGUACUUCUUCGACGGCGUCGUCCCCGAGUGGGGCACAACGUGCACGAGCGACCCUGGGCAGCUCUUCCCCGACUCAUCCGUCCUCUCGCAGGGAGAGCACGUACCGCACGUAGCGAGCAUGACCGCGGAAGAUGUUGAGAUCUGGGAGGCGCUCCAGACGCUGGCGUCAUCGGAGCAUAACAUGUGGUAAUGACUUUGGGCGUAGAACUCAUUCCUUCCCCGGGGAUUGGCGAUCGACGAAUGGCACCGGUACAGGGGCGGUAUGCAGGCGUAUCAAUCUACUUUGUAGACCGAAAUGGAUUUCAUUUUCUCCUUCACGUAAGGGGGAAGAAUCCGUCCAAACGUUCUAACUCCUGCAUGUCCUUGGGGUAGGAUCGACUGCACCGGUGUAAUGCGCUCCGGAUCCUCCUCGAAGAUUCUACGGCCCCGUCUACAUAUCGAACACUCGCCUUCCUCUUCAAACACGCAACAGGCGGUUUGCGGCAUCGACUCUUUAUGCACU